CCUUCAAUAUUUGGCUAGAGGCGUAUCAGUGACUCAUGCCCCAACGCCAUUACUCAGACAGGUGCUGCCAUCGUAUGUUGUGUAUCCAUUUAAAUUAUUUGAUUUGUUUGUUUCAGAAACUUUGCUAUGUCAUACCUUCCUUCCUUCCUUCAAUAUUUGGCUAGAGGCGCUGCCACAACUCAAAUCCCAACGCCAUUACUCCAAGGCCGGUAUUCAUAGUCAGAUCUUAUAUUUAAGAUCAUCUUAAGUACUGUCUUAAGUGUCAUGAACCAAUCACAGAGCCGUAUUCGCAUCUUAAGACAUUACUUAAGACGGUCUUGAAAUAAGAUUUGACUAUGAAUAGCGGCCCAAAUCUGUCAUACCGUCUAUCUCUAGCUGUGUGAUUGGGGGGCCUCGACCCCCCGCACCGCGGUGGGGGUGGGGGCCAUAGUCUUUUCUGAGAAAUUCAUUUUUUAGCUUAUAGCGUGUUCGACUGGCCCUGGGUUAAUCGCGAGAGCGAUUAAUGACGUCUAAGUCUCUACUAGCCAAUCAUAAAACUUAUAAGUACUUGUUCGACCAAUAAACGUAAGCUGAAUAACCCAGAGUGGGUUAACCCAGAGCCAGUCGAACAUGCUAUUAAGCACAAGAGAUUGCGGCCUCCACCUCGCCGCGGUGCGGAGGGUCUGGAGGGCGAAGCCCUUCUAGUCACGCAGCUAGAGAUAGACGAGAAUUAUAAUUACUGAAUAUUAGAGAAAGCGUGAAAAAAGACUGUUAUAUCUGUGGAGAGGUAUUACACAAGAAAAUGGAUACACGGAUUCAGACAUUUAUAUUCUUUGACUUGGAGACAACUGGUCUAUAUGAAGGAGCAGUUGCACCUCAAAUUACAGAAAUAGCUUUAGUUGCUGUUUCCAGGAAGUCAAUAUGUAACAGCAGGCAGAAUUCUCUGCCAAGGAUUUUACAUAAACUAGUACUUCCAGUUAAUCCAAAAAAAAUUAUAUCAUCAAAAGUGGAAGAUAUGACAAAAUUAUAUAAUGAAGAUAUGAUGUUACUACAGCCUUUUGAAUCUGGAGUUUAUGAAUUAAUAAUGUACUUUUUGCGUCGUCUUACACCACCCAUUUGUUUUGUAGCACAUAAUGGUGAUGCAUUUGAUUAUCCAAUACUUUUGUCAGAAUUAAAAUGCAUUAACGAGGUUAUUGAUAAUAGAAUUUUGUGCAUUGACACAUGUAAAAUGUUCAAAGAUUUCUUUAAAGGAGUACCAAGCGAUACUAUGUCAUACAGCUCUACUGUCAAUGCUCUACAUGCAAAAGAAAUUGACAAUUUGCUGGAUGAUGAAUACAAUGAGUCCUUGUCUGCAGUAUUAGACUCAGUGAUGAUGAUGAGCAAAAAGACUGUAGGCCAAAAUAUAGCCACGACAUCUUUGCAAAAAUUCUCAUGCGAAGACAAAAAUACUAAAGUUCCCGACAGUAAAUAUAAUGUAAAUGAGAACGCUGUUGACAGUAGUUUGCAAAACUACAAAAGUCAAAACAAUCAAAAAACACCGACGAGUCAGAUAAUGAAGCAACAGGAUACCGUGAAUCGACCUUUUAAGCAGAAUAAUUAUAGACGAAAAUUAGAAUUUGGAUGCGAAACAAAGAGCCCCGUCAAUUUCAAACUCGCCAGUAUUUAUGAACACAUGUUCGGCUCAAAUUUUGAAGAUGCACAUUCCGCCGAGGCAGAUUGUUCUGCAAUGCUGCGUUGCGUUAUUCAGAUUAACGAUUACUUCCUUACAUGGUCAGACAAUAAUGCAUCCCCUCUGGCUUUCUGUAAAAAGAUACAGUAACCUUUUUGAUCAAUUAUAGACAAUUUAAUCAUAAAAAUAAGUCGAAAGAUAAUACAAAAUAAUAUAGUACAAGUUUUUGUCUAUUAAGAUACAAGAUCAAUGCAUGUAUGAAAUUGUAAGUGUUAAUUCCUUAUAGAUAUUGUAUAAGGUGUAUAUUUAAAAAAAUAUUUUUAUUACUUGUUCUUACUAUUGUUUAUAGCAUGGCAAAUAUUUUAAUAUUCUUUGUUAGUAAAAAUAUGUUUAUAUAGUGAAAGUAUAAUAAAUGAACACUUCUAUUAAUUAAAAUAUAAUAUUUAUAUAUCUUAA